AUGCCCCGCUACGAGCUGGCCUUGAUCCUGAAAGUCAUGCAGCGGCCUGAGACCGCUGCGGCGCUGAAGCGGACGAUAGAAGCCCUGAUGGACAGGGGCGCGGUGGUGCGGAACCUGGAGAACCUGGGGGAGCGGGCGCUGCCCUACCGGAUCUCUGCCCACAGCCAGCGGCACACCAGAGGAGGGUACUUCUUGGUGGAUUUUUAUUCACCAACAACCACUGUGGAAAGCAUGAUGGAGCACUUGUCUCGAGACAUUGACGUCAUCAGACGGAAUAUUGUAAGACACCCUCUGACCCAGGAAGUGAAGGCGUGCGAAGGGAUUGUCCCGGUCCCUCUGGAAGAAAAGCUGUAUUCCACAAAGAAGAGGAAGUGA